AGUUCCCUUCCAGUACCCGUUCCUUUCUCUCGCCCAAGUUCUUCGCGCGGAAGGAAAGAAAUCUGCUGCAAAUCUUCACGCUGAAAGGAAACGAAUAUGAUCCUGAUUCCUCGCUCCAGUAGCCGAUUCUUAGCCUCCCUAUGUGCGAAGCACUGAUCUCUUCCAUCGGCCAACACUUCUCCUUCUCCAAAAAAGCACCGUACUGUACAUCUUCACUGAAGGAAAUUUGCACCUAAUGAAGGAAAGUCAACAUCCACUGAUUCUUCGCGGAUUCUUCACGUCAAUUAUGAGAUCUACAUCGGCAAAUUCGAUUUAUUUUGUGUCAAUUCGAUAAUCAGAUAUGGAUUCAGAUAUUGGGCAUGGUUCCUGGGAGAGGUUGACAAAGCACAAGAACACAGGCAGUAACUUUAGGUUGGACGCAGUGUCAUUAGUUAAUGGUGAAGUGUACAGCAUCUUCUCAGCCUGUCCAAAGCUUGAGUCUUUAAUGUUGAAAUAUUGUAGACUUCCAUCUAAGUUAUAUAUUGGCGGACCAGAACAUGAGUGGAAGUCUUUGACAAUCACAAGUUGUAUCGGGGUAAAGAAGCUAGAGCUUUGUGCUGGAAAUUUGACUAGCUUGGAAAUAAUUUCCUCUCAAAAGCUGGAAGAAAUUAGUCUUUCCCAUGUUCCGAAGCUGAGACAUUUUUUGUUGGAUUAAAAUGUUCUGGUCAUCUGUCUUAUAUGAUUCGUCGGGUUGCCAAGGACAUGCCUGAACUUGAAUCCUUAUAUAUUGAAUCAUGGGUCAGUGAGGUAUGUGUGCGUGUGUGUGUGUAGUGUGUUUCUUUUGCCAUGUCCUUUUUUUGCUUUCAUAUCGUUUUCCCCUCCCCCACUAUGCUACUGAUGAUGAUUUUCCAGAUAUAUUAUACCCCGUCAGGAGGGCGUGCGUUCAACAAUCUUAAGGAUGUAUAUGUACUCAUGGACUUUAGAUGGCUAUAUGGUGCUCAACAAAUUGCUUGUGUUAUUAGCUGCUCACCAUUUCUACGCAAAUUUCGUUUGGUGACAAAAGGUAUUGUAGACAUAGGAGUACCGAGGCUAGCAUUUACCUCAACUUAUGAUCAUAUUCAUCUGAAAGAAGUGGAGAUUGGGGGAUUUCAUGGACACGAGAGCGAGCUUGAAUUGAUUAUCUUUCUUCUUAGAUUUCCAGAGAAAUGAAAGUAUCGUAUAUCAUAUGUUCCAACACAUAGAGGACUUAGAGAGUGAAAAAAGUAAAUCGUCAUUGUUUGACACUUGAGUUUUACUUUCUUUCUCCAUGGCAAUGCUCCGUAUUUGUAAUAAUCUUCUCACGGCUGAUGAUAAUGAGAUGCGAUAUUUUACGUAGAAUUGGCAUAAGUUUUCUUCAAGUCUCAUAGGUGGGUUUACUUAAUUAGUAUGAUGUUUUUUAUGCAUGAAUAAUUAGUUUCAUUUUUCAUGCAUCAACACCCUAUCCCACCAACACCUCUCAACUUCACACUUUUAAAGGUACACAAUUAAAAUGUUUUAGCAUAAGCCAUUAGUCUCCAGUUUCUAUUUUUUUAUUCUUCCAUUCUUUAUGUUGAGUAGCAGAUACCACAUGAGAAAUUACUCCAUUUUAGGCAUUUUCGUUUUCAAUCAGCUAGACCAAUUGUUG